CACAGAAUCUGUUCCACAAGAACCGGGCAAAAGUUGAGCCCCUCUGUCAGCUGAGGUUUCUGCACACUACCUGGUGUCACAGAGGCCUGGAGGAGUUUUUUGAUUAUCCAGGAAACUGGGGAGAAAAAACUGUCAAGUCUGGAGAUGCAUGGAACAUCAAGCAGCUAAGGGGCAAGAGUAGUGAAGACUUGCACAAACUUUGGUAUGUCCUACUGAAGGAAAAAAACAUGCUUUUAACCUUAGAGCAAGAAUCAAAACGACAGCUCAGGCCUAUGCCAAGUCCAGAACGAUUAGAAAAGGUAGAAAAAUCUAUGAAAAAUAUAGACUUGGUUGUCAGAGAAAGAGAAGUUGCUUUGAGGCUUUUACAAACUGGCCAUGAAAAACCAGUACCCGGCGAGUGGAGACAUGACUUCUUGGGACGCACCUACUGGUACACUUACAAGGAAUGGCCAAUACCAUGGUACUUGAACAAGAAGCACAAGAAGAGGAGAUUCUAUUACUUACCUCAUGUAGAACAUUUCAUCAGGCUUAGACUUGAAAAAAAAUUACGUACAAGGGCAAAGCGGCAAAACCUCGAGAGGACGAGGCAGAAGGUCUUGGAAAGGAAGUUCCCUCACCUUGCUGUAAAAUCUCAGAGCCAGUGACAUGCUGGAAGAGAACUGCAAACAACUGGUCAUGAUGUUUGACUUGAACAUCAAUUUCUGAAACCAGCAAAUUAUUCCACUGAGCAUUCUUGAGUCUCCAUCUUUUUUUUUUAAUCCCACAUUUGGCCUAAAUUAAAUUUAUGAUCUGGAAUUAAAAAGCCGCUUUGGUGUAUAA